AUGGCAGCAUCAGACGCUCAUAACAACAAUAAAAAAAGGUCAAACAGAAGAAGAAAAAAGAGAAGAACAGAAGAUUUUUCCUCUUCAAGUGAAUCUUCCUCAUCAGAAUCAUCAGAAUCAAGUCACGAAGACUUAGAUGACCCAGAAAAAGAAAUACCGGAACAAGAUAUAAACAUUGAUGAUAUAGAUAUUGAUUCUGAAACCGAAACCAAUACCUUGACAACUGAUAAUAGUAGUAAUAAAUUGAUACCGCAAGAUUUAUCAAUAACUGAAAAGCAACAAUUAAACACCAUACCAUUCACAAAAACAUCGAUUUCAAAUAUUACAAAUGAUAAUCAAUUGAAGACCAUACCAAAUAUAAAUGAAAUUAAUAAAAACUUGGAUCAAAGGAAAAACCAAUUGAAUAAUGAAUUUUUAAAAAUUAUGACUAAUGAAUUCGGUGAUGAUUUAGAUGAAUUAAGAAAGAAACCAGAUUUCUCCGAGAAAUCAUUGGUAAUACUAGCUAAAACUUUACAACUGGGGGUUAAUAUGUUUGACAUUGAUGUUUUGAAUGGAUUAAUUCAAGAGAGUGGAAAUACAAAUACUGAAUAG